UUGAUCCCGUGCUAACCUUUAGCCUGCAUGAAGCGAUUUCUGGACAAUACAAGCACAGCCACACAUCACCCAUUGGAAAUCAGCUGACAUCCGCUGGCGACCAAGGAGACCCAGUCAUGGAUCAACUCAAAGUCAAAGAUAGAAUAUUGGAAAACAUUUCUCUCUCCGUCAAGAAGUUGCAGAGUUACUUUGCAGCCUGUGAGGAUGAGACGCCAGCCAUCAGGAAUCACGACCGUGUUCUUCAGCGACUCUGCGAGCACCUAGACCAUGCUUUGCUUUAUGGGCUGCAGGAUAUCUCAUCAGGUUACUGGGUCCUUGUUGUACACUUCACACGCAGAGAGGCCGUCCGGCAGAUAGAGGAGCUCCAACACAUAGCAACCAAUCUUGGCCGAAGUCGUGCUUGGCUGUACUUAGCAUUAAGUGAAAGUUCAUUAGAAAGCUACCUCCGCCUUUUCCAAGAGAAUCAAGGACUUCUGCAGAAAUAUUAUUUCAAGAAUGCAUUGGUAUGCAGCCAUGACCACCUCACCUUGUUCCUUACGCUUGUGUCUGGACUUGAGUUCAUUCGCUUUGACCUCGAACUGGAUGUUCCAUACUUGGAUGUUGCACCGUAUAUGCCUGAAUACUACAAACCUCAGAACCUUCUGGAUUUUGAGGAAAGGUUGCCAAGCUCUGAUAGCCUUUCACUGCAUUCUUUCACUUCCCUCACCUCCACUAACCUGGAGUGGGAUGACAGUGCCAUUGCCCCCUCUAGUGAAGAUUAUGAUUUUGGUGACAUCUUCCCUGUGUUGCAGUCAAUGCCGAGUGCAGACUGGGAAGAAGGAGACCUGACUGAUCCGGUCAGUGGGCCUCGCUCCGGUGCCUCAGACCCACAGACAGUGGUCAGUGACACAGUGGUGCUCCGGACAGGUGGGGUCUUGGUGAGAACGACGUCUCUGUCACGGAGUCCUACUUUUCGACACAACCCCUUCAACGAAGACUCUGACACUAACACUUCGGCUGAUGUUACCCCAGUUCACACAGCGAACCGCCAGGAUAGCACUCUGGGAGAGGAUACAGAGAGUACCAGCACAGAGCUGGAGGUCAUUAGGAUGGCCAGACGCAGGAGACCAGGAAAGAAACGCCGUGGGAAGGGAUCAACAGACUCCGUUAGCAGUGGCCGCAACGGACCUUCACCAGAACAGACAGAGACUGAAGACGGCUCUCACGUUGUCUGUGAGAGGGAGACCUUGGAGGACGUUCACACCGGGGACAGUUGGAGUCCCCUGGAUGGGCCUGAAGGCUCAAUGUCUGAUUCAGUCAGGAUGAGGGGAGAGGGAGACAACGAGGAUACUGAAGCACUGCUGCGACUCCCAGAAAUGACUGACACUUCCAUGGACAGUGUUGGGGAACCCCUACAAGACGUGAUGGAUAGACUAAACGGUGCUUUAGACGCAGAGGGCUGGGAGCAGCGUAAGGAGGAUGAAGAGGAGGGACUUGUUGGUGAAAUGAGAGAUCGUGACGAUGUUGUUGGGAUUAAACGUGCUGCUCUGCUCUCUCAACAGCAGCCCUUUCGAGAGGAUUCAGGGGGCGAGCCACCCGACCCAGAUGACCGGUCGUGUCCUCUUGCCCCGAGCCCCAACUUCCUGCAGGCCCCCCCAGCUCCUGCAGACUUCUACUGCUUUACCCGUGACAGUCCAGAAUCUUCUGCCCAGAGUAGUGGGCACGAUGACCCUUCAGGGCAUGGCCAGCCGCAGACUUUUUCUAGUAGCCAUGAAGAUGAGGGAGAAGGAGAGACAGCAACAGCAGAACAAGAUGUCACCCACUCUUUAAAGAAGGAGAGUGAGAGAGGUGUGGUGCUAGAGAAUGGCUCCUCUCCAAAUAGAACAGAGGAGGAGGAGGAGGAGAGAGGAAGUCCUACUGAAAUCCCACACCCGGCUGAGUUUAGGGUGGAUAACAACCACUUGCUACUCCUCAUGAUUCAUGUCUUCAGAGAGAAUGAAGAGCAGCUCUAUAAAAUGGUGAGGAUGAGUACAGGACACAUGGAGGGGGAUUUGCAGCCGCUCUAUCUGCUUCUGACAGACUGUUACAUCUACCUGCUCCGGAAAGGCGCAGCAGAAAAACCCUACACAGUGGAAGAGGCAGUGUCAUACAACGAGCUGGACUACAUCUCUGUGGGAUUGGAUCAUCAGACAGUCACUCUGGUGUGCACCAACAGACGAAGACAGUUCCUGCUCGACGCUGCAGACUCCUCACUAACCAUCUGGUUUCUAGGUGUUCUGAAGUCAGCCAUGAUAAAAGGUUGCAGGGAGCCUCCAUACCCCUCUGUGUUGACUGAUGCCACCAUGGAGAAACUGGCCCUCACCAAGUUUGUGUGUCAGGAGUCCCGUUGCGAAGUGUCUGAGGUCAGUAUUCGGCUGUACUCCCUGGUACACUGGGAGGAUCCCAUGGAUGCCACUGUAACCCCACAAACACCAACAGGCUCUGGAGAAUCCAGCAGCACUAAAGAGGGUCCUCUGCUGUACCGAGCAGGGACCACUUACCUGGGCAAGGAGCUGUGGAAGAGCUGUUACUUGGUGCUUAGUAAUGGCAUUCUGUACCAGUAUGCUGAGAGAACCGAUGGGAUUCCUCUGCUCUCCAUCACCAUGGGGGGUGAGCACUGCGGUGGCUGCAGACGCUCCAACAGCUCAGAACGACCGCACGCGUUCCAGGUUAUUUUGACGGAGAGGCCUCCUCUGGAACUGAGCGCCGAGAAUGAGCAGGACAUGGCCGACUGGAUGCAGCUGCUCUGUCAGUCUGUCUCUAAAGGGGUGAUCCCACAGGGAGUAGCACCCACGCCCUGUAUCCCGUGCUGCCUUGUUCUUACAGACAGGAAGUUGUUGACGUGCCAUCAGGACUGUCAGACUAGUUUCUUUCGUUCGCUGGGUGGAGCUGAUCUGUGUGAUGUUACAGCUGUCUGUGUGGAGGGAGACAAAGAAUACUGUGUUAUUGAGUUUGCUGCAGAUCGGGCUCAGUUUCUCCCUCCCUGGGUCCUGUACUUCAGUGGCUAUGAGGAGAGAAAUCGUCUCCUUGAAGAACUCGACACAGCAUGGAAAGACAUUUUUAUGGUGUCUUUACCUCGGAAGGGCGUGUCAGACCCCUCUGUGCAGAAGAGAUGUAGGGAGGCACUGGAGCUGAUGAGGAGUGCAUGGCAGAGGAGCGACAGUCUCCACAGAGGGAGAUCACACAGGGAGCCGUGGUGCUGAGGGCCGACCGAUCAGAGCUGAGAACUACACGACAGCAGGGCUGGGAGGACUCGCACAAGCAUGCUUGCAUUUUUGUUCUUUUGAUGUUGGCACAAACAGGAAAUGUUUUUGACCUCAGAUGCUGAUACUGUCGAGUUCUGCACUGUCUACAUCAGAAAGGAAGUAAAUCAGGUGACAUUUCUAGGUUAUGGAACUUUUAAAGAUGGCGUACUUGACAUUUUGAAUUAAUGAUUAGAUAGGUGGGAAUUGACCCUUGCACAGAUAUCCGAGUGGUUAUGUUAAAAUUCUCUAUGUAGCUAAUAAGGAGGUCUGUGGAUGAAAAAAAGACACUCCAUGCUUUAAUAACAUUCUGCACAAAAGUUUGUUAACAGAUCAAUGAGGUUAACAGACCCAGAAAUACUCGCGUGUAUUAUAUGUUUGCAUACAGUAUCAGUUAUAUAAGGAAUGAGAA